AUGAAGUGUUUCUACGCCAUUUUCCUCUCUACCCUUCUUGGGGGAGGAGCCUUCGCAGCAAACUCGAAGCUCAACCAAUAUGCUAGCAUAAGUGAUUGCCAGUCCGAUUCGAACAUUAUAAGUCACGCUUCUCCGGCAGAAGGUUCUUGUCAUCAGGUGGAUGGGAAAACAAAAGCCCUGUAUCUAGUAACAGGAAGCGGUGCCGCUGGUGCACAAUUCAUUGGGUACCAACAAGGUUCCUGUGGAGGACCUUAUGUUCUAGGAGUUACACUUGAUAGGGGCUCAUGUAUCUCGCGCCCCGAUUCGUUGAAAAGCAUCGAAUUUGGUCUGAUCAAUUAG